AUGCGGCCCACCAUAGCCAACAGAUUUGUGCAAGGCAAUGCAGUCAAGUUUAUGUCAUCGGGUUCAGCACCCAAGCGGGAAUACCUGCUGUUGGACUACAGAGGCGCCAACAACUGUGUGGCCGUGAUCACCCUCAAUCGCCCCAAGGUUCUCAAUGCUCUCAGCGACCCGCUCAUGCAGGAGUUGAACUGCACCAUUGCUGAGGCAGAGGCUCAGCCCAAUGUUGCUGCCAUUGUCAUCACUGGCAGCGAAAAGGCAUUUGCUGCUGGAGCUGACGUCAAACAGAUGCAAGCAAAAACAAAAAACUUCGUUCAGGUUUAUAAGGACAACUUCCUGAGCGGGUGGGACAGGGUGAGCUUUAGCCCGCGCGUUGUCAUUGCUGCCGUCAACGGCUACGCUCUUGGUGGCGGCUGUGAGCUUGCAAUGAUGGCUGACAUCAUCCUGGCUGGAGAGAAAGCUAAAUUCGGGCAACUGGAAAUCAACAUAGGCACAAUUCCUGGAGCUGGCGGCACACAGCGUCUGGUUCGAGCAAUCGGCAAGAGCCGUGCCAUGCAGUUGUGUCUCACGGGCGAGAUGAUCAAUGCUAAACAGGCCUGUGACUGGGAUUUGCGGGAGCCUCUGAAGACUAGGUUUGGUCCUCCUGAAAUUAGUGGAAGCACAGAAGAUGGUGGUAAGGAAAAUAUAAUGAUAAGUGAUUGUCUGGAUGAUGAGGUUGUUGCUUCUGAUGGUUUAGUGGAAGAAUCCGAAACUGACUGUGGAUAUGAGA